GGUGGCGCUAGUGUGCGUCUGACAUCACCGGAAAUGAAAACAGGCCAAGGAGCAGACGUGGGCACGGACACACAAACUUACAUAAUUCCACACAACAAUCCGGUUAAAGUGUUGAUUGUUCAUUAUUCCUCUGGAUCCUGUGGAGAUUUGUGACGAUGGCGGAACCCAGUGUUAGAUAUCAGCAGUUACCCAAUGAAGAUGUAGUGGAGGCGGGGCCUCAGGUGAGUUCUGAUGCUCCGCCCCCUUACAGCAGCAUCGCAGCAGUUAACGCAGCCUAUUUUGAUUAUAAAGAAGACGCCGCGUUCCCCAAACCUCCAUCUUACAACGUAGCCACGUCGCUGCCGUCGUAUGACGAGGCUGAGAGAAGCAAGACGGAGACGAUUGUUCCCCUGGUGACAGGAAGAGAUGAAGAUUUUGUGCCCAGAGAAGAUUUUGAGGACUCCGACCAGCUGCGAAUCGGCAACGAUGGCAUUUUCAUGCUGACUUUCUUUAUGGCAUUCCUCUUCAACUGGAUCGGGUUCUUCCUGUCCUUCUGUCUGACCACCUCAGCAGCAGGUCGUUACGGCGCCAUCUCCGGCUUUGGCUUGUCCCUCAUUAAGUGGAUCCUGAUUGUGAGAUUCUCUACGUAUUUCCCUGGUUAUUUUGAUGGUCAGUACUGGCUGUGGUGGGUGUUCCUGGUGCUCGGAUUUCUGCUCUUCCUCAGAGGAUUCAUCAACUACGCCAAGAUCCGCAAAAUGGCCGACUCUUUCUCGAGUCUCCCGAGAACCAGAGUCCUCUUUAUUUAUUAAAGAUUCGUGUCUUUAA